AUGAUGUAUCAAGGCUGGCAGGUCCCUGGAGGAAUGCUGGACUGUGGGAGUGGUACCUAUCAGGUCAAUCUCAGGGAUCAAGUCAGCCAAGCUAAUUUCUCCUCUGUCACAGAGUUCCUGUUGCUGGGGUUCUCUAGCCUCGGAGACAUCCAGCUCAUCCUUUUUGCUGUUUUCCUAUGCCUAUAUCUGAUUAUUCUGAGUGGAAAUAUCACCAUUGUCACUGUCAUCCACCUGGAUCACAGCCUGCACAUACCUAUGUACUUCUUCCUAGGAAUCCUCUCCAUUUCUGAGACAUGCUACACCUUUGUCAUCCUGCCCAAGAUGCUCAUAAAUCUGUUGUCUCUACUCAGAACAAUCUCCUUUAUUAACUGUGCCACUCAGAUGUUCUUCUUCCUUGGUUUCGCUGUCACUAAUUGCAUGCUACUGGGAGUGAUGGGUUAUGAUCGUUACGCUGCCAUCUGCCAUCCACUUCGCUACCCGAUCCUUAUGUGCUGGCAGGUAUGUGGACAACUGGCAGCAACUUGUGCUGUGAUUGGUUUUCUGUUCUCACUGAUAGGCUCCCUUUUAGUUUUUGAACUCCCUUUCUGUGGCCCAGACAAGAUCAAUCACUACUUCUGUGACAUCUCACCAGCUAUCCGGCUUGCCUGUGCUGAUAUCUACAUCAAUGAGCUAGUCAUCUUCAUUGGUGGAGUCCUAGCUCUUAUGGUCCCUCUGACUUUCAUUUGUGUCUCCUAUGGCUUCAUUGUUCGCACUCUCCUGAGGAUACCAUCAGUUGAAGGCAAGCGAAAAGCCUUCUCUACUUGUGCCUCCCAUCUCACUGUGGUUAUUGUCCACUAUGGCUGUGCCUCCUUUGUCUACCUGCGACCAUCAGCCAAGUACUCAUCCAGCAAAGACAGGCUAGUGACAGUGACCUACACAGUUGUGACUCCAUUGUUGAAUCCCAUGGUAUAUAGCCUCAGGAACAAGGAUGUUCAGACAGCCAUUCGGAAAAUGAUUGGCCGAGGAGGAUUUUAUCCUAAAGCUCUGUAA